AGAACCAAAAAAAAAAGGAGUACGGAAUACGUGGUUGAAUUAUUUUAUAAAAUUUUAUUGAAUUUUAAGUAUAUUAAUUGAAUAAUCUUACAUACGUUCGCAUAUAAAAAUUUAAAUUAAAUUAGAAAAAAAAAAUGUUUAAAAAAUUGAAUUGUAUUAAAAGACAAAAGUCUAUUGAAAAUGAUUUAGAUGACAUUGAUGCAGCUAGAAUGGCAGAUGAAACAAUUAAAAAUGAAAAACCAAAAAAAUUCUUUAAUAUAUUAAAAAAUAUUAAACCACCAUCUGGAAGAAAACUUUCAAGAGCCACUAAUGAAGAAUUUUAUAGAAAUGAUAAUCCUUAUAUUGGUAAAGCAAUUAUCUUUAAUCAUAUAAAUGUUCCGGGUCAUCCACAACGUGCUGGUACAGACAAAGAUAAAGAACGUAUGGAAAUGAUACUUAAAUUAUAUGGAUUUGAUGUUAGUUCUUAUGAUGAUCUAAAAUAUAAUGAAAUUGCUGACAAAUUAACAGAAGUUGCAACUGAAGAUCAUUCUUAUAAUGAUUGUUUAUUGAUAAUUGUAAUGUCACAUGGAAUGUCUGGAUAUAUUUAUGCUGCCGAUAGAUCAUAUUCUGCUUCUGAUCUUUGGACACCAUUUCUAGGUGAAAAUUGUCCAACUUUAUUAGGUAAACCGAAAAUAUUUUUUAUUCAGGCUUGCCGAGGAUUAAAAGCUGAUGCAGGUGCUACAUAUUUAUCAACUGAUUCUCCUGGAAUUGCUAGAUCUGGAAGUUAUGAUGAAGUUGAUUCACCGAUAACAUAUACCAUUCCGAGUACAGCUGAUAUUGUUUUAUUCUAUUCAACAUGGGAUGAACACGUAUCAUUCCGGAAUAAAGCUGAUGGAUCAUGGUUUAUACAAACAAUAGCAUUAUUAUUGGAAAAACAUUUAAGAGAUCAGGAAGAAAUUGAACUUUAUCGAUUUUUAACGAGUGUCAAUAGAAAAGUUGCCUAUGAAUAUCAAUCAAAUUCAAUAAAAGUUGAUUUACAUGAAAUGAAAGCGAUGCCAAAUUUUAUUUCAACAUUAACAAAAUUAUUUAUAUUUAAAGCAAAACCUUAUAAAUUUAAUAAAAUUAUGGCUGAGGAUCAAACAGAUUCUUUUAAUUUAUUUAAAAGAGAUAAAAAAGAUAAGCAAGAUGCUCAUAAAUCCGAUGCUAAACUUAAUCUUAAUAUUGAAAAUAAGAAAUAUUUGGAAGAUGAAAUAAAAACACCGGAUGGACCAAAAAUAUCAAGACCAACACGUCACACACACUAUAAAAAUGAUCAUCCAAAUAUUGGUGUUGCAUUAAUUUUUAAUCAUACAAAUAUUCAAGGACAAUCAAAACGAAUGGGUACUGAAAAAGAUAGAAAACGUAUUAAAUCAACUCUCAGAUCAUACGGUUUCGAUGUAAGAACUUAUGAUGACAAAUCUUAUGCUAAAAUCGUUGACAUUUUAAAAGAAGUAUCCGAAGAAGAUCAUUCAAAAAAUGAUUGUCUUCUAAUUGUUGUAAUGUCCCAUGGAAUUUCUGGACAAAUAUAUGCUGAAGAUAUGACAUAUCCAGUUGAAAAAUUAUGGACACCAUUUUUAGGUGAAAAUUGUAAAAGUUUAAUUAAUAAACCUAAACUAUUUUUCAUUCAGGCAUGUCGUGGUGAUAAAGUUGAUGCUGGUGCUACUUAUAUGUCCAGAGGAUUUAGUGUAAUGACUAGAUCCGCUGAUUUGGAUGAGACCGAUGGUCCUGUCACAUACACAAUUCCCAAUACAGCUGAUUUAUUAGUAUAUUAUUCAACUUUUGAAGGGCAUUAUUCGUGGCGGAAUCCACAAAAUGGUUCAUGGUUUAUACAAAGUUUAUCACAUGUACUUGAACAAUACUUGGAAUACAAUGAAGAAUUGGAUUUAUUUCAUUUUCUUACUGCCGUUAAUAGAAAAGUUGCAUAUGAAUACCAAUCAAAUGUACCACAAAAUGAAAGACUUGAUGAAAUGAAAGCAAUGCCAAAUUUUGUUUCAACUUUAACCAAAUUAUUUAUGAUAAAACCAAAACCAUAACUGAAACCAAAUCUAAAAUAUGCAUUUAUUUUAUAUUUUAUAUGCAAACGUUUAUAAGAAACGAAGAAAUUUCGUAUAAAAUUUUUUGUAAAAGCUAACAAUUGUGGUGACAAUAUAUAUUUAUGUAUGUA